UCACCAGAUCUGUCGGCUCUUAUAGAACCCCCCGCCUUGGCUAUAUACACAUCCGCUACAUCCAGCCCCUCGCUCCCCUGUCUAGCCGCCCUCCGCCUCCCCGUCUCGCUCGCUCCCACCUCUCGCCGCCGCCGCCGCCGCCCGCGCAGCCGCAAAAUGCCGUUCAAGAGGUUCGUGGAGAUCGGGCGGGUGGCCCUGGUGAACUACGGUAAGGACUACGGCCGCCUCGUCGUCAUCGUCGACGUUGUUGACCAGAACAGGGCACUUGUUGAUGCUCCGGACAUGGUCCGCUGCCAGAUGAACUUCAAGCGGCUCUCUCUGACCGACAUCAAGAUUGACAUCAAGCGGAUCCCUAAGAAGGCAACUUUGAUCAAAGCAAUGGAGGAAGCUGAUGUGAAGACCAAGUGGGAAAACAGCUCAUGGGGCAAGAAGCUGGUUGUCCAGAAGAGGAGGGCAUCGCUCAAUGACUUUGACAGGUUCAAGGUCAUGCUCGCCAAGAUCAAGAGGGGAGGAGCUAUCAGGCAGGAGCUAGCGAAGCUUAAGAAGGAGGUUGCUGCUGCUUAGAUCACUUUGGUGGGCAGACUGUUGAGCUUUUGGUCAGCGUUGUAUCUUUGCCCCAAAAUCGUGAAAUAUUGUGUGAAUCACUCAUCACUGUUAUUGGUGUAUCAGAUGAAAAUUUAGUAGUGUUUGAGAUUUUGCUGGACUUGUCAGGAUCUGAGAUGGUAUGUUAUCUAUCUGUUAUUUGUGAUGCCAUCUAAAUUCAUGGGCCUAGUGCUUACUGUUA